AUGGAUCCAAAAAAGAGGAAACAAAAGCUUAUCACAUCUUCAGAAACAGCAGACCCGUCCAUCUCAAAGAUGGAGCGAAAGAAGAAGAAAAAGCAAAAACUCAGCAACUCACGACCACUCACAAGACCCUCUCUCUCACAGGAGGAGUUGCGAGAAGCGAUGAAGAAGCUAAACGACGCUGCUUUGGUCCUUACGAGUAAAGUAAUCGAUGCUGAAGCAAGGAACUCUAACUUCGUCUUUUCUCCGGCGUCAAUCAGCGCCGCGCUCACAAUGAUGGCUGUUACCAACGGCACCCAUUCCGACGAGCUUAAUGCUGUCUACAGUGAGAUCGCUACCGUCGUCUUUGCUGACGACAGUGCCAGCGGUGGCCCCAAAAUCUCAGCGGUUAAUGGUGUAUGGAUCGAGCAAUCACUCCCUGUUGAUCAUUCCUCCAAAGAUAUCUUGGAGAAUGUCUUCAAGGCUACUUUCGCUCAAGUUGAUUUCAGAUUCAAGGCUGAAGACGUGCGGAUAGAAAUGAAUAAAUGGGCUUCAGAUCACACUAAUGGUCUCAUCAGAGACAUUCUUCCUCCUGGAUUCGUUACAAGCGAGAGCGUUAAGGUUUGUGGAAACGCAUUAUACUUCAAAGGAGCCUGGGAAAAGAAAUUCGACAAGUCCUUGACCAAACACAAAAUGUUUCACCUUCUCGUUGGAAAACCAGUGCGUGUGCCUUUUAUGAGCAGUCAUAAAGACCAAUACAUCGAGGCCUACAAUGGUUUCAAGGUCCUUGGACUACCAUACAGACAAGGCCGUAAUGAUGAUACCAACCGAAAAUUCUCAAUGUAUUUCUAUCUUCCGGACAAGAAAGAUGGACUGAAUAAUCUUUUGGAGGAAAUGACGUCAACUCCUGGAUUCUUGGAUAGUCAUAUUCCGAAAUUCAGAGUUGCAGUUGGCGAUUUCAGGAUUCCAAAGUUUAACUUCUGUUUCAUGUUUGAGGCUUCUAGGUUUUUUGAGGGAGACGUUUUGCUGCAAUUGUACCAUAAAGCUUGUGUCGAGAUUGAUGAAGAUGGCGCUGAAGCUGCAGCUGUCACUUAUGUUGGACAGAAGGUAAGCCUGUGCCGUAAUCGGAAGCCUACUCCUCCGAAGAGGAUAGAUUUUGUGGCGGAACAUCCUUUUCUUUUCAUGAUUAGAGAAGACAAAACCGGGACCGUUUUGUUCGCUGGUCAAAUAUUCGAUCCUAGGGCUAGGUAG